AUGGCGACCCAGCAAGUGGGUAGCAGGAGGCAGGUGGCAGCAGAGCGAGUGGCAGCCCAGCUGCUUGAACGGAGAAGGGGCAGCCACUGUGAGGACAAGAAGCAGACUCUGUUGACAUUGCUGAUCUUGGUGCUGUACUUGAGCACAGGGAUAUCGGGAAGCAGCUGGGAGGUGUCAGAAAGGAUCCGAGAAUGUAACUACUACCAGAGUCUUGGCGAUUCCCAGGGGCUUGAAUAUCAGACCAAUGAGCCCUCGGAAGAACCGAUAAAGGCCAUCAGGAACUGGUUGAAGGAGAACUUGCAUGUCUUCUUGGAGAAGCUAGAGAAAGAGGUGCGAGAGCUGGAGCAGCUCGUGCGGGACCUGGAACUGUGGCUGGAUGUUCUUCUGGGAGAGUCACACUUGGAGGAGCACUGCUCCACACUUAAAAGUCACAUAUGA